AUGUCGACGUUGAACCGCGCAUUUCAACACUUAUUUGACCGACUCACGAGUGAUAUGGCUCCUCACAAUCAAGUUCGCUUGAUCCUCAACUCGCAUCAGCUGGACAAGUCCAUUUCUUUGCCUUUCCUACAACGAGAUCGUCUAACCCCAGAACGUUUCUUGGCUGCUGUCGAACGCGUCGUACAGUCCAAUGAUCAAUUCACCUUAGACGGCUCUGUUAGCGUCAACGUGGUCCAUGUGGAAAUGCCCAACGGUGCUGGACGACGUGCUGUUGUGAACUUGGAAAGUUUUCUCAGAAAAAAGGAUUGCAUCGUUCAAAUCAAAAACAAAGACGAUCUCUGUUGUGUCCCGCGAUUGUGGUGGCCAAAGCAAAGCUGGACAAAGACCCCCAAUACAGAAGUAUUGUUAACCAUAAAAGGGCCAUGCAAUCACGCCUUGCUCGAGAACUUCACGAAUCAGCGAGUGUUCCUCUUGGUUCCUGUGGAAUCCCAGAAAUCAAGAAGUUCCAAGCUGCUCUUCCUGAUUAUCAACUGA